AUGUCGCGGCGGCGGUGGCGGGGCCCGCAGAGCGGCGAGGGAGGCCGGGGCGAUAUGGGGAAGAUGGCGGCGGGGGGGGGCGGCUCGGGGCGAUACUACGGCGGGGGAGGAGGAGGAGGAGGAGGAGGCGGCGAUGGAGGAGGAGGAGGAGGAGGAAGAGCUCCCAAACGUCAGAAGACUGAAAACGCGGAGCCGCCGCCGCCGCCUCACGGAGGGCCCGGGGGGGGCGGGGCCGGAGGGGCCGGAGGGGCCGGAGCGGAAAACUAUGAGGAUCCGCACAAAACUCCGGCGUCUCCGGUGGUUCAUAUCCGUGGGCUCAUCGACGGCGUCGUAGAGGCCGAUCUGGUGGAGGCCCUGCAGGAAUUCGGGCCCAUCAGUUACGUGGUGGUGAUGCCGAAGAAGCGCCAGGCGCUGGUGGAGUUCGAGGACAUUUUGGGCGCCUGCAACGCCGUCAACUACGCGGCCGAUAACCAGAUCUACAUCGCGGGACACCCGGCCUUCGUCAACUACUCCACCAGCCAGAAGAUCUCGCGGCCCGGCGACGCCGACGACUCCCGCGGCGUCAACAACGUCCUCCUCUUCACCAUCCUCAACCCCAUCUACUCCAUCACCACCGAUGUGCUCUACACCAUCUGCAAUCCCUGCGGCCCUGUCCAGAGGAUCGUCAUUUUCCGGAAGAACGGCGUCCAGGCCAUGGUGGAAUUCGACUCGGUGCAAAGCGCCCAACGCGCCAAAGCGUCCCUGAAUGGAGCCGACAUUUAUUCCGGCUGCUGCACGUUGAAGAUCGAAUACGCCAAGCCCACGCGCCUCAACGUCUUCAAGAACGAUCAGGAUACGUGGGAUUACACCAAUCCCAACCUCAGCGGACAAGGAGAUCCCGGUGGGAAUCCCAACAAACGGCAACGGCAACCACCGCUCCUUGGAGACCACCCUGCGGAAUACGGAGGGCCUCACGGCGGCUACCACAGCCACUACCACGACGAGGGCUACGGGCCGCCGCCGCCGCACUACGAGGGCCGUCGGAUGGGCCCCCCCGUGGGCGGACACCGGCGCGGCCCCGGUCGUUACGGCCCCCAAUACGGGCACCCACCUCCCCCUCCGCCGCCGCCGGAAUACGGCCCCCACGCCGACAGCCCCGUGCUCAUGGUCUAUGGGUUGGACCAAUCCAAGAUGAACUGCGACCGCGUCUUCAACAUCUUCUGCCUCUACGGGAACGUCGAGAAGGUGAAGUUCAUGAAGAGCAAACCGGGAGCCGCUAUGGUGGAGAUGGCGGACGGUUACGCCGUGGAUCGCGCCAUCACCCACCUCAACAACAACUUCAUGUUCGGGCAGAAGCUCAACGUCUGCGUCUCCAAGCAACAGGCCAUCAUGCCGGGGCAGUCGUACGGCCUCGAGGACGGCUCCUGCAGCUACAAGGAUUUCAGCGGCUCCCGCAACAAUCGCUUUUCCACGCCGGAACAGGCGGCCAAGAACCGCAUCCAACACCCCAGCAACGUCCUGCACUUCUUCAACGCACCCCUCGAGGUCACCGAGGACAACUUCUACGAGAUUUGCGAUGAGCUGGGGGUGAAGCGACCCUCGUCCGUCAAAGUUUUCUCCGGGAAGAGCGAGCGCAGCUCCUCGGGGCUCCUGGAAUGGGAUUCCAAGAGCGACGCUCUGGAGACUCUCGGCUUCCUCAACCACUUCCAGAUGAAGAAUCCCAACGGACCGUAUCCCUACACGCUCAAACUCUGCUUCUCCACCGCUCAGCACGCCUCCUAACACACAAAAUCCCCCCUUUUUGCCCCAAAAUCCCCCUUUUUUUCCCUCAAAUCCCCCUUUUUUGCCCCAAAUACCCCUUUUCCCCAAAAAUCCCCUUUUUACCCCAAAAUACCUUUUUUCCCCAAAAUCCUUUUUUCCCCAAAAUCCCUUUGUCCCCCC